AUGUCUUGCUGCAGACCCUGUCCCCCACAGCCCUGCGGUUCCUGUGGCCCAACCCCCCUUGCAAGCAGCUGCACUGAGCCCUGCAUCGCCUGCUGCGCUGACUCCACGGUGUACAUCGAGCCUUCGCCGGUGGUGGUGACCAUGCCGGGCCCCAUCCUCACCUCCUUCCCUCAGAGCACAGCCGUGGGAUCCUCUCUGUCAGCUGCUGUGGGCAGCUCCCUCAGCACCGCGGGGGUUCCCAUCUCUUCUGGGGGCUCCCUUGGCCUGGGGGGCUCAGGCCUGUGUCUGCCUUUCCCCCGCUGCGGGCAGAUCUGCUGA